AUGAAGACGGCGACUCCAGAAAAGAGGCCUCAGAAGUUGAAAUUCUCUCUUUGUUUGACGUCUCUUCAAGCGACAGUGAUGUCUCCUCUUUCUCUUCCGAUUUAUUCCUUCGGAAACCGCUUCUUUCUGUGUUUUUUUUGUCGUUUCGAUCGUUAUAGAAUCAAUAAAAAGUGGUCUUAUUUUGCGUUUUCAUCAGAAUUCCACGCGAAUAAAAAGAAGAAGAAACACAAUAAGAAGGGCAAGAAGACGUGAGCAGCUGCGAAGACGUCGAAUAGCUGUCGAGGUGACCGUCAGAAGCAGAUCGCCCGCGUCUCAGACCUUCUCAGCCGCUUUCGGCGCUCUCAACGGUUCUUUUUCCCUCAUCACUUGAACAUACAGUUACAAAAAAAAACAGUUUUUUGAUGACAGCUUUCUUGUAAGAAGUUCGAAUUUCCUGAAACUUUCUGGAUUUCGGGAAACAGAAGAGAUUACAGAGAGAAUUUCAGUUCGCCGAAAAAAUUUAAUCCAGUUCCGCGAACAAAAAACCGACUCGUUAAGAAUCAAGAAAAAGAUUUAUGUUCAAAAAUCUUUAGAAAAAGUUAGGACGCAUUAAAAACUUCAAACUUUUUUUUCGGUUGCUGAGGAUUUGAAUUACAAAACUUUCGAAAAUAAGGAAUAGAGUCAGGAAAGUGAUGUUGACAUAAUUAAAGAUGAAUUUUGAACUCUGAGAUGUAGUGUCUUUCAUUUAGGACGACUCAAGUGUUGGCGGCCUUGAAAAGGGUCUACCCAUGUCUGAGCUUGAAUAUACAUUUCAUUUAUCAAUCAUGAAAAUUGUUCGGGAUAGUUCCCAUUGUCAUUCGUGAUCAUUUUGAUCCUUUCGAAGAUAUUUUCCUCAAACUUUCCAAAAAAUCUUCAAGAAAUCCUUUAGGAGUGAAGUUUGAGGGUAUUUUUGACAAUUUCUUGGGAUUUGAAAUUCUUCACUUCGAAACUUUUUUCUUCAGUCCUGACUAAUCUUUUUUUUCAAAGCUUGUUUCAUAUUCUGAAUUUUUCAGCUGAACUUUUUGGUUUCUUUAACUUUUCGAGAUCUCACAAAACAAUUGUUCUUUUUUCAAACUAAAUGUUUUCAUUCAAUUCAGAAGUUUUGUUAAAACUUGAGAAUAUUUCUUAACGUUCCUCCGAUGUUCGGAUAACUUCUUGAAACCUUUAAUAUUUUUUUCGGCUUUUGGACGUUAAGUUAUCUGCUUGGCGUCCUCUCAGGACUGAUUAGAAAGUUUUUGGGUUUUCACUGAAUGCACUAAGAAUAACUGCCGAGAUAAACGCGAGACGCUGGCGGUACAUUGACGAGCUCGCAAACAUCUCGCAUUUUUUCUCGCGCCGGUUUCGCAUUUGUUUGGGCGCGAGCUCGCAUUUCUCUCGCAAUUUGAAAAUUUCCGAAAUGCAAGAUAAAUGCGAGAUGGCGCCGAGAAAAAUGCGAGGUCGCGCCGAGAGAAAUGCGGGAUCGCGCCUAGAAAAAAGCGACAUGUUUGCGAGUUUGUCAAUGGACCGCCACCGAACUCGCGUUUAUCUCGUCAGUUAUUCUUAGUGUUAAGUUUUGAGAUUUUUGAGUGCUUUUUUUGGAUGCUUCACUGCUAGGCUUUUGUCUUUGAAGAAUCUUUUUUGAAGACUGACUAGAUUCCAAAAUUUUUUACCUUUUUUCAGUUUUUUUGAAUCAAUAGAAAAUUUUUUAAAGACGACCCAGGGAUAUUGUAAGUAUUACUCUAUUUUUGAAAGUUUUGAGAGAAGCCCUCUCCCCAUUUUCAAUUUUCUGAGGGCGCUUUUAAAAAAUAGAAGAUUUGGCAAUUUUUUUUGGAGCUUUCGAGGUAGAAUCUCGUCAUUUUCUAGGAGAGAUGCUUCUGAUAAAAAUCCAAAAGAACUGCAAAUCAUUCGAAGAAGAUUCUCGCAAUUGCAGCAUCGCCGAAGCGGUCGCCGGGGGCGUCGAGCACUCGCCGGAGGUCGCAGACGCGUCGGGCCGUCGUCGUCGUCGCCGCCGCCGCGACGGUCGGUGACGUCGUCGUCGUCGCGGUCCGUCGGUGA